AGAUUCGUGUUGUCCCUUACGAUGCCAGUUUGGCAGUUUUUCUUUUCGCACAUUAUUCUGGCAAUUCUCUUGUGUAUUCUAAACUGUCCCAAUAUACUUUCAGACUCUGUUGGUUACUUGGAAGAAACGAAAGGAAAUAACUCGUCUCUUGGGUUUACCGGGUUGAUUGAAAACUUCUCAGUAACACCCAAUUAUAAGCCCUUAGAAGAGCAAUUUGCUCCAGCGAACAGUUUUAUUCGAGAAAGUUGUAUUCAAGGGACCCAUGACCGACACGCUUAUGUAACGCUACUGUAUGGCUCGUCAUAUUUGUUACCUGUACGGGUUAUGAUGCAGUCCCUUCGAGUAAAUAGUCCAGACAACUUUAGAAAGAUAGUCUUGGUUACUUCGGAUGUUUCAGAGAAUGCUAUUGCACAACUCCACAGUGAAGGAAUAGAAACUCGCAAGAUUUCUUCUGUAAAUAAUCCAUAUGCAAAGGAUUCAAAAUACGACGCACGGUUUGAUGAAGUUAUGGCAAAGUUGACGAUUUUUAAUAUGACCGAUCUGGAUUCCGUUGUAUAUAUUGAUGCAGACUCCUUAGUAUUUGGGCCUUUGGGUGAUCUUUUUCACUGUGCGGACUUUUGUGCAGCAUUUAUCAACCCUUGCUUAUUUAAUUCGGGAGUGAUGGCUUUGAAACCGUCUCGCACUGUAUUUGAAGAUAUGAUGCAAAAGCUUCCUAUUCUUCCAAGCUAUGAUGGUGGAGAUCAAGGCUUCUUGAACUCCUAUUUUUCUUCAUUAUAUUAUGCCCCUGUAUUUGAUCCCUCUUCCGAAAAUGGUACUGGAGGACCGCUUAGAAGACUUCCUUUUGGUUGGCAUCUCGAUCAUAUACUAUUCUAUCCUCGAUUCCGUUGGGAAAUUCCGGAGAAGCCUUGUGGCUCAAUGAAAAUUGUGGAGUUUCUUGGGGGUCCUUUUUUAAAGCCUUGGAAAUGGUGGAGUUAUCUUAUUUGUGAUUUGAGUUAUGUUUGGUUAGAAUAUCGCAUGCAGUUGAAAUUUCCCUAUCCUCCUGGUUAUAUGACUGGAUGGGGCAUAUUCUUACGUUGUGUUUGUAUCUAUUUGUUGGCGUUUGUAGGAAUCAUAUCGCUUAAGAAGCGUUAUGCGUAUCCACGUAUUCUUGUGACAAAGUUUAUUGACAUGUUAUGGUCUUACAUGCCUUUUCGUGAAGAAAUCUUGUGGAUUGUCAUGGAGCUGAUUCACGAUAGAGCCUUUUUAUUAUUCUGUUUAGGCUUGGGAUUUUUUUUAUGGGUUUUGACUACUGCAGUUUCUUGUAUGCUUAUUCCAGUAAUGUUACCACCUUGGCGUGCAGCGAUAUUGUAUUUACAUUACAAAGCUUUACUUUUUGGCUACAGUUUGAUUCUGUUUGGUCUCUUUUGCUCUUCACACGCAAAAAGUAGCGAUUUUCUAAAAUGGAAGGGCAAACCAUUUACUGUUUGGAUGGAAUCUUUUGUUUGGAUUGGUAUCGAGACUUUCUUUGCUCCUGUAGGCUUCUAUGUCUUCUGGCACAUUCCUUGGAAGACUGCAUUUCAAAAGGCACUCUAUGGACUCUUCACUAUAGGAUUUUAUCUUUGUGUCAUUGCAUUUAUGUUUUGUCGUGUAAGCUUUCUGUGGCUUCGUUGGGGUGCUGCGAGAUACGAAGCACAAAGAGCGAGAGCUCGUUCCCUGCCAUUGGACGAAGGUAGCAAUAAUUGGAAUGUAGACAUUACGGAUAGUCGUUUCAAAGUUUCGGAACCUUCCACUUCGUUGUAUGUUUCUCCAGUAAUGUCAUCUUUCCAAGAGAAUGCUCGAAAGCGAGCUGCUGAAAGUAGAAGUCCUUAUAAAACUCAACAAUCCUGAUAGAGUCCAUUUAUCGAUAUACUAUCAUUUGAUAUUAUAUGAAUAGAUAUUUUAUGCAAUAGAUUUACUUCAACUGUACAUUUGCGAUAGACUCAUACAUCUACCAUCAUC